AUGGAACGUGAUCCAAAAUAUGAUGUCCCAUUUGAAGUUGUACAGAAGGCUAUUGAAGAAAAUUGGUCAAAAUGUAAAUACAAUGAUGUACUGAAGAAGUAUAAUGACAAUAAUAAUAAUAAGAAUAACAAUCAAAUAACAAUAAAUGGAGUUGUGAUUGACACACCGUAUGUACGUCCAAAACCUGAAGAACUUUUUCAAUUAGAAGAAACUGAAAAAAAAGCAUUUGAACAGUUAAAACAAAAAAUGGAUGAAUAUAAUUUAAAAACAGGGAAUUUUGAUCCUGCAUCUGAAGCAGAAUGGUUGGAUUAUCUUCAGAAUAAACAAAAGUCAUCUGAAAUUGUAAAAUCUCCAUCGAAUCAAUUCAGAAAAGUUCCUAUAAUCAAAAAACGUACUAUAACUAGCGCUACAACUUAUCAAAGAGAGAAUUAUCAAACAUAUUUUCCAAAUGAAACAUUGAAAACAUUCAGUGAUGGUGAUAAUGCUGCUAAUAAUGAUGAUGAUGAAAAGUAUAAGGAAUUAAAUGAAUUCUUAGAACAGUAUAAAGUAUCUGAAGAACAAUUGAAUUCAAUUUUCAAUCCAAAAGAAAUUGAAUAUGAUGAUAAAUCAACUAUAGAAAGCUUUCAUAAAAAUAAUUCAAUUAUUGAAUAUUUACAAAGAACUUCUGAUAGAUAUGCUAGUAUACAAAGGAAAUUUAGUGCUACGUAUAAAAAUGUUGAAGAAAAAAAAAAUGAUACUUCUAUCCAUCUUCAAAAUGAAAUGAAGUCACUGAUGAAUAAGAUACAAGAAGAUAAUAAUAUGAAUAUGAUUAAACAUAAACCUUUUGAAAAAGUUAAUAAUUCAACUGAGGCGGUGGAUGAUUUAAAAAUUAAAUCUACGUCGAGGAAAUCACCGUCGUCAUCAGCAUCAUCAUCUUCAAGUUCAUCAGAAGAUGAAGAAGAUAACAGUUUGUGGCUGGAACGUUUUCGAAGACAAAGAGGCAGACUAAAUAAAAUUCAGGCUGAAGAAGAUCAGAAGAGAGAUGUAAAAUCAUCUGAAAAGCGAUCAAAUGAAAAUCAGUCUACAGAAUCAGUGUAUCAAACAAAAAGUGUAGAUAAAGUCGACUCUAGUGCAUUGAGAAAUCACCUGGAGAAAUUAAAAAUGAAUGAAAUUAGAAAAAUGAAAAGAGAAGAGAUUUUCAAGAAUUAUUGA